UUUUAAAUCAGAGUCAGAAACUUAUGGCUGAAAUCCAGGAGCCAUAAAUAAAAUGAUUGAAAUGUUUGAAAUUUUUGAAAUACUAAAACUUCCUGGCUGAGGGUCACAUUGAGCUUCCAGCGACUUCAGGGGCAUCUUUAGGAGUCAGCACUAUGGCAGAAGACAUCAAGACCAAAAUCAAGAACUACCAGACUGCUCCUUUUGAUAGCCGCUUCCCCAACCAGAACCAGACCAGGAACUGCUGGCAGAACUACCUGGACUUCCACCGCUGUGAGAAGGCAAUGACCGCUAAAGGGGGUGACGUCUCCAUGUGCGAAUGGUACCGGCGUGUGUACAAGUCCCUCUGCCCCAUAUCCUGGGUGUCAGCUUGGGACGACCGCCGGGCAGAAGGCACGUUUCCUGGGAAGAUCUGAACUGGCUCCAUCCCACCUCCUGUCCUCCGUCCUUCUCCCCAGGGUGGUGAAGGGGGACCUAGGUACAUGGUGAUCCCCACCCUGGGAUCCUGAAUCAUGGUUUAACUAAUAAUAAAUGCUCGUUGGAAACAAAAAAAAAAAAUAAAA